AUGGAGAUGUCCAAGUUUCAAUACCCCCGCUUGGACGAAGCUGCGAACGAGAUCAGAGUCAUCACAAUAUGGCCCGGACGAUUUGACGACCCUAUCAGAAUUGACAUCACUCAACGCCCGCUUACUCCACCACCUGCUCGGAACGAUUCUAGCUUACUAUCCCUCGAGGAAAUAAAUAAGACUCUGCCUGAUGAGUCACCUUGGGAAGCGUUCAAUACGUUAGAAGGCAGGAUCCUCUUUAUUAACGAUGAUACGGGCGAAACUUCAUGGAGUCAUCCAGACUCGCUCGUAGAUCCAUGUCUCUAUGACCGCGAAAGUUUACCGAAGACGUAUGCAGCACAGCCUGCCUAUGAGGCACUCUCAUACACCUGGGGACCUCAAGAUCCCCCUUCCUCCGUGACGGUCGAAGCCAUUACUAUGAAUAGUGAACAUGGAGAAUCACAUCAAGGGCUUUUAACAAUUGGGCAAAAUCUAGACGAAGCACUGUGA